AUGAUCUCAGCCACUAGACAGGUCUUUCUCUCUCUAAUUCGCUCUCUCUCUCUCACUCUCUCUCUCUCUCUCUCUGAUUCUCCGUCUUUAUUUCUAUCUUUCUCUCUCCGUUACGUCUUCUUUCAUUCCCCCUUCUAUUCUUUUUCUUUAUUUAAUUCUCCCUCUUUCUCUAAUUCCUUUUUUCUUUCUCUAAUUCUCUCUCUCCCUCUCCCUCCCCCUGAUUCUUUUUCUUCAUUUAAUUCUCCCUCUUUCUCUAAUUCCUUCUUUCUUUCUCUAAUUUUCUCUCUCUCUCUCUCUCGCUCCCCAAGAUUCUUUUUCUUCCUUUUUUCUUUCUCUAAUUCUCUCUCUCUCCCUCUCCCUCCCCCUGAUUCUUUUUCUUCAUUUAAUUCUCCCUCUUUCUCUAAUUCCUUCUUUCUUUCUAUAAUUUUCUCUCUCUCUCUCUCUCUCUCUCUCGCUCCCCAAGAUUCUUUUUCGUUAUUUAAUUCUCCCUCUGUCUCUAAUUCCUUCUUUCUUUCUCUAAUUCUCUCUCUCUCUCUCUCUCUCGUUCCCCAAGAUUCUUUUUCUUUAUUUAAUUCUCCCUCUUUCUCUAGUUCCUUUUUUCUUUCUCUAAUUCUCUCUCUCUCUUUCCCCUCCCCUGAUUCUUUUUUCUUCAUUUAA